AUGGAUGGAUCGUGGAACAAAGCAGCACUCACGACGUCUUUGAUGAAGUUCAUCGGCGAUUUUUGCCGAAGAAAAAAAUUGGAAAGUUUCGCCGAGGAACAACUUAGGCUCGCCGCUAGCGGGACUCGUGCGCUUAACUUCUGGAUGAGUAGAUUGUACAAAGGGCCGCUGUUCAUUCCGAAGAGUGAGGCACAAGAAAUCAAUGAAUCAGGGUGGCACUUCCUAGCGUGCUAUCAAAGAAUGGCACUGCUGGCUUGCAAAGAGCACAAAUGCAAAUUCACUCUGAUUCCGAAAUUGCACAUGUACUGGCACCUGGUUGACUGGAUGACAACCCAGUCUGCCCAGGCCGACUGGGUGUACAAUGUGAUGUGUGAGUCAUGCUCUAUGGACGAAGACCUGAUUGGUCGUUUCUGUUUCCUUACUCGUUGCGUGAGCCCGCGACAGCGGGUGCAACGAAGCCUCGAAAGAUACCUUACGCAGGUGCUGCUGCUCUGGUCUCGCUGA